UAGUUAGAUGAAAAAUGAAACAAAGGAACGUAACCGACCAUAUUUCUUUGUAGAAUAUAUGUACCAGGCACAAAUCGGACAGCUAUGAAUUCGCAACUUUCAGUAGAAGUCGGCUACGUGUUGUCACACGGAUGUAUUUGCUGCUCCUGUACAAGUUAAAUGCCUAAUCAUGUCUGGGUCUCAAGGAGUCACUGCUUUGUGUGAAAAUCCCACAGAAGUGUUUUUGGAUGUUUCAAAAUUGCUCAUUACAUACGCGGACAAUAUUCUUAGAAACCCAAAUGAGGAUAAAUACAGAUCAAUCCGUAUUGGAAACCCAACAUUUUCCACCAAGCUUCUACCUGUCAAAGGAGCAGUUGAAUGUCUGUUUGAGAUGGGAUUUGAGGAGGCUGAAACCCACCUGGUGUUUCCAAAGUCUGCAUCUGUAGAGAGGUUGAGACAGGUGCGGGAGACAAUUGCUGCUGAGAGGGACCAGAGACUUCAAAGCCAACAAAGUGCCAGAGUUCCUCCAAGUCCUGUCCCACCACCAUCACUGCCCUCCUCUUCUUCUGCAGGCUCUGCUUCUGCCACUGCCGUCCCUACGCCUGCACCCGCUUCUGUGCCGUUCAUGUCGAGCAGUGUGCCAUUUCUUAGGACUCUGCAGUCAAACUUCCAACAUGUGUUGAUAUACGAGAGCCCUGAACUGCAGCAGAAGGCUCUGAACUGCAUACCUCAUGAACUGCUGAGAUCCAGGGCUAAAGAACGCUUGAAACAAGCCAAGGAUGCGGAUCCAGCAUGUACCCUACGUGAGGAGGACAUGUUAGUUCUAGAGCUGUUGCAGUGGUUCAAAGGGGAGUUCUUUUCCUGGGUGGACAAUCUGCCAUGUAGCCGAUGUGGAGGUGCAACCCAGGCCUCUGGAUCCCACCCCCCCUCAAAUGAUGACCUACGCUGGGAUGCAGGCCGUGUAGAAAACCACUACUGUCACACCUGCCAACUCUCCACUAGAUUCCCAAGGUACAAUCACCCAGAGAAGCUUCUGGAGACCAGGAGAGGGCGUUGUGGAGAAUGGGCCAACUGUUUCACGCUGCUCUGCCGAGCCUUAGGCAUCGAGGCCAGAUACAUCUGGGACAGCACAGAUCACGUGUGGACGGAAGUCUAUUCUCAAUCCCAGCAUCGCUGGCUACACUGUGACCCUUGUGAGAACACAUGCGAUAAACCCCUCUUGUAUGAAGUCGGCUGGGGGAAGAAACUCUCUUACAUCCUGGCGUUCUCUAAGGACCAGGUUGUGGAUGUGACAUGGAGGUACUCCUGUAAACACCCAGAGGUUCUUUCCAGACGCACACAGGUGCAGGAAACAUGGCUGCUUCAUACGCUCAACGGACUCAAUGCUACGAGGCAGCAGUCUCUAGGAGCAGAGAGGAAGCAGCAGCUGUUGCAAAGACUGCUGGUGGAGCUGGUGGAGUUUAUUUCUCCCAAGACUCCUGCAUCUGGAGAGCUGGGAGGUCGCAUCUCAGGAUCUCUGGCUUGGAGGGUGGCUCGAGGGGAGACUGGAGCAAGUGACACUGAAGGGGAUGCACAGAAAUGUGUCUUCAUUCCUUCGGAAUCUGAAAAGCAAAGCAAGUUGUUUCACAUUUGCUACAACGUGACCAAAAACUGUUACUUCAGACGGAGCAAUGGCGAAGAGACUAUCUCAGGAUGGCAGAGAGGUGCUUGGAAGACCGAAAAUGUGUUCAGGAAAGAAGAGCAUGACUGGCAGAUGGUGUAUUUGGCACGAACAGAGGGCUCCUCCUUUGGGAAGAUAAGCUGGAAAUUUAACUGCGCUCCAGUUGGGAUGAAGAUAAAGUCCGCUUCGGUUCGAGCCUUCAGCCAGACCUUCCAGUCGGGCAGCGUGCGCUGGAGUUUACAUUCUGCUGAGACCACCGUAGAGUUCCCUGGAGAUGGUGAACUGCACUCCUCUUCAACUCUGUCCGGAGGCAAAGAGCUGAUUGUGGAGGCGGAGCUCACAGGAGGAGAGGGUGAAGUGUCAUGGCAACACGCUCAGCUCUUCAGACAGAGCUUAAAAGACACGGAGAAAGUUAUAUUUGAAAUUUUGGUUGAAAUGGAAGAGUCUUAGCAUGUACAAGUACUCAUUAGCAAAUCUUUCAACAUAGGUAAGAAAGCUUUUAGUUUUUCUUUUAGAUGCAACCCUGCAAUUAAGGGGUUUCUUUUAAAGGAAUAGUUCACCCAAAAAUUAAACUUCUGUCAUUAAUUACCCUUAUGUCGUUCCAAACCCGCAAGACCUUUGUUUAUCUUCUGAACGCAAUUUAAGAUAUUUUUGAUGAAAUCCGAGAGCUUUUUGACUCUGCAUAGACAGCAAAGCAACUGACACAUUCAAGGCACAGAAAGUUAGUGAGGACGUUUUUAAAAUAGUCCAUGUGACAUCAGUGGUUCAACCUUAUUUUAUGAAGUUACAAGAAUUGUGGUUCUCACCUGAAAACAAACUAUUCUUGUAGCUUCAUAAAAUUAAGGUUGAACCACUGAUGUCACAUGGACUAUUUUAACAAUGUCCUUACUACCUUUCUGGCCCUUGAACAUGGUAGUUGCAUUGCUGUCUAUGCAGGGUCAGGAAGCUCUGAUUUCAUCAAAAAUAUCUUAAUUUGUGUUCCGAAGACGAACGGAGGUCAUGAGGGUAAUUGAUAGAAUUUUCAUUUUUGGGUGAACUAUCUGUUUAAAGCCAAGCUUGUCUUCUAACUAUAUGCCAUUUUAUGGAUUUACUCUUUUAAUUGUUGCCCACUAGCCAGAAAUAUUAUACUGUGACAUAUUCUGGAAAGCUGGUUGGUUCUUAAAAACUAUUGUGUUGUAACAUGUCAAAUAAAUGUGAUUUUUAGCUGUGAGCAGAUUUGGAAAUUAAGAAUCUGGCAUUGUUCCUAAACAAUGGUUCUUAUUUUUGAGUUGUAGGCAUCUCUGUUGUACAUCAUACUGACUGUAUGUCAUACUUUCCUGUUCAGAAGUGUAAUGAUAUGACCUUUAGCCAUACAUUAAAUUAUUUAGUUCUUCA